CUUCCAGGCCUGAAGGCGGAUCUGAAAAACAAACUGUUCGGACAGCAUCUGGCGUCUCGCAUCAUCCUGAAAUCCCUGAACGAAUUUAUGAGCAACGACAACCCCGAAAAGCCGCUGGUUCUGUCGCUCCACGGCCCGUCUGGCACCGGGAAGACCUUUGUCAGCCAGCUUAUCGCAAAAAACAUUUACAAAGAAGGGAUGAACAGCAAGUUUGUCCACUUCUUCACGUCCACGCUUCACUUCCGACAUUCCAGUCUCAUCUCCACCUACAAGUCUCAGCUGCAGCAGUGGAUCAAAGGCAACGUGAGCAACUGUGAGCGCUCCAUGUUCAUCUUUGAUGAGAUGGACAAGAUGCAUCCGGGCCUGAUCGACAGCAUUAAGCCGUUCCUGGACUACCAUCACAAGGUGGAUGGAAUUUCCUACAGGAAAUCAAUCUACAUCUUUCUCAGUAACGAUGGAGCCGAGAGCAUCAUUGAGACGGCUUUAGAUUUCUGGCGAACAGGACGAGAUCGAGAAGAGAUUGAACUGAAAGAUCUGGAAGAAUCUCUCUCCUUCUCCAUCUUCAACAACGAAAAGAGUGGCUUUUAUCACUCAAGUUUGAUAGAAAAUAACCUGGUGGACUUCUUUGUUCCCUUCCUUCCUCUGGAGUAUUCGCACGUCGUCCAGUGCAUCAUGGCUGAGAUGAAGAUCAGAGCCAGCAAGGGGAACGGCAAGCCGAACCUGGACGUGGCACACAAGGUUGCCAGUGAAUUGCAAUAUCUCCCCAAAAUAGAGCGAGCUUUUUCCUCCACAGGAUGCAAAACAAUACAGAAGAAACUGAACUUCUACACAUAACGUCUGAUUGUAUGGACAGUGUUGGGUCACUGCAAGCACCUUUAACCCUGCAGAUCCAAAGAAUCAAAUUUCUUCUGAGCUUUGAAAAUUAAUUUGACAAAUGUUUUUUGUUUGUUUAUUUUAGGUAGCAGCAAUUACAGUGGGCCACACAUUAAAAUGAAAAAGGCAAAAGUUAUUUUUUAAAAGUAAAAAAAUAAUUAAACAAGAAAAUAAAAGUUUGUUUUAAAGCAGUGGCAAAACAAGUAUAAUUUCAGAGAGAAAGUUCUUGUUUUUGUCCAAAUGAUGAAGCAAAAGUAUUUUUUCAAAGACAAGAGUCUAAACUGUUCAAUACCUCCAAUGUCUCAUCUUCUUCUUAUAUUGUCUUCUAUUUAACUACUACUGUACUAAAACCACUUUUGUCAUUUAUUAAGUCAAUUUAAAAGUCUGUUUGUCAAACAUUAUUAAAUCAAGUAAAAUAUUGAAAAACUGCAUCAGAUUGUUAGGAGCAACAUGGGCUUUUUUUGUUUUGUUUUUUGGCCAAAUUGAAAUCCCUAAAUAAACUAACUGUUGAAUUGAAAAUAUUUCUCAUU